AUGACUCUGCAACGCGGAAUUUACCACAUCGAGAACGCUGGGGCUCCCAGUGCCAUCGAUCUCUAUAAUGGCGGCUCCAGUGACGGUACACCUAUCGCUGGCUGGUGUUUUACACCAGACACGAUCGGCGGGCAUCAGCUCUGGCUUGCGGAACCAAUCCCCAACAUGAACGAUACGUUUACCCUUUGCAACCUAACCAGCGGUACCUACAUGGAUCUUUACAACGGUGGUUCCGAAAGCGGCACCGCAAUCAAUGGUUGGGCGGGAGCCGGCGCCAUCACGACCAAUACCCACCAGCUCUGGAUCAUCAAAAAGGCGUGCGACGGUAAGAACUACAGGAUCCAGAAUUAUGGAAGUAAAACCUUCGUUGAUCUCUACAAUGGUGGCAGCUCUAAUGGGACCAAAAUCACUGGAUGGCCUGGAAAUUGGACCGAACACAACACUCACCAGGAAUGGCACUUCAAUAGGAUGAGCGUCUCCAGUGCGGAGGCCAAAUCGGCUGUCGAGAGGAACCCUCACAUUAAAUGCGGGACUUACAGAGGAUACAACCUCGAUGGAGAAUAUCUUGUCCUCCCUAACUCUUUUUUCACUCAGAUUUGGAAAGACUCCGGUCUUCCUAGUCGCAAAUGGCGUAAGGAAAUCUACGAUUCCGAUGACUUUGCUAUAGCCAUGAAGGCCGCCGUUGGGAAGUGGAACGCCGACAGCUGGAAGGCUAAUGGCUUCGGUAUCUUCUGUGGAGUUAUGCUUGGUAUCAACAAGGCUGGAGAUAAGGCCCAUGCUUACAACUUCACGCUCACCAAGGACCAUUGCGACAUUGUCUUCUUUGAGCCUCAAGACGGUGAAUACCUGAAUGACAUUGGCUAUGACGGUUACAUGGCGUUCUACUGA